AUGGCAGGUAAACCGAAUAGAGAAAUUCUCACUGGAGGUAAACGAUACAAGCAACAAUCUUCACGAAAGCACAGAGUUGAAGAGGUUGUCUUUGAUGGAGAGGCCAGAGUGGACUACUUAACAGGGUUCCAUAAAAGAAAACUCCAGAGACAAAAAAGAGCCCAAGAAUUUGCUAAGGAACAAGAAAGGCUGGCGAGAUUAGAGGAACGGGCCAAAAUUAGAGAAGAAAGGAAAAAGAAUAUUCACAAGCAAUUAGAAAAGUAUAAUAGAAGUAUCAAGGAGUUAAAUGGGGAUGUAACCGAACUCAACACUUCAAGUGAUUCCGAACUGGAAGCUAAUGUUGCUUACGAUAACAAUGAAAACAGGAAUCGUAGUGACCGUGAGUUUACUCAAGAGGAGGACGAUAAUGCAGAUUGGGUAGGAUUCGAUGAAGAGCCUGAAAAAGAUGUCCGAGGAAUUUUAAAAAGAAAAGAAGUUUACGUUUCCACCAGUGAGAAUGCCCCAAUCAAAGGCAAAAGCUCUGUUGAGAUAGAAGAUCUAGCUCCCCAUGGGAUGGAUAUCACUCAAAUCGCACAGGCUAACUUUGUAGACCUCACAAAAUCAAAAGAGAUUCUAGAUAAAUCCAUUGAAAGGGCUAAAAAAUACGCCGAGUUAAUCAACGGGACUCGGACACCCAAAGCAAAGUCNAAAAAAAAGUUUAGAUAUUUGUCCAAAACCGAGAGAAAGGCUAAUACAAGGAAAGAAAGAUCCAAAAAAAGGAGGUAA